AUGCCGGCAGCUAAGCCUCCAUCCCAAGGCGUCGGUCCUGUCUAUCAGGCCGAGCACCAGAAGCCAACGGCUACAGUCUCGACCGACGUCACGCGAUUCGCAAACGUCACGGUGCUGCCACAGACGCCGCAACUCAUCGCCCUGCUCACCAUCAUCCGUGAUAAGGCCACGGAGCGUGGUGACUUCAUUUUCUACUCAAAUCGCAUCAUUCGCCUGCUGGUCGAGGAGGGCUUGAACCACCUCCCGACGGUUGAACACACCGUCACAACCCCUGUCGGGCGCCCCUAUGCUGGCCUCAUGUUUCAGGGCAAAAUCUGUGGCGUCUCUAUCAUGAGAGCCGGCGAGGCUAUGGAGCAGGGUCUCCGGGAUUGCUGCCGCUCAGUUCGUAUCGGCAAGAUCCUGAUCCAGCGUGACGAGGAAACUGCGACGCCCAAGCUCUUUUAUGACAAGCUGCCUGAGGAUAUUGCCAGUCGAUGGGUGCUUCUCCUGGACCCCAUGUUUGCUACGGGCGGCUCCGCAAUUAUGGCAGUAGAAGUCCUCAAGGGUCGCGGUGUUCCAGAGGAGAGGAUUCUGUUCCUUAACCUCAUCGCCAGCCCCGAAGGAAUCGAAAACUUCGCUACCAAGUUCCCUAAGCUGCGGGUAGUCACGGCUUUUGUGGACCAAGGGCUGGAUGAAAAGAAUUAUAUCAUUCCUGGCCUUGGUGAUUUUGGUGAUCGGUUCUACACCAUGUGA